GAUCGAAAACGCGACGCAACUUUUACAUUUUUAUUUGAUGCAAAAUACUCGUUUACAAUGGUUCCCUGAAGUGUACGAAUUAUCGUGUUUCUAAUUUACCGUUUGAAAGAUCUCAAUUUACUUUCCAAUAAUUCGUGUGUCCAUAUAGUAAUCGAUAACAAUACACGUAGCAAGAUGACCGAGUCCGAUUCGCCGAAGGAAUUGCAAUGUUUGGCUGCCAAAUCCGCAUGCAUUCAGCUGGUACACGAAUGGGCAGAUGACGAAAUACCUGUAAUCGACGUUUGGCGAAAAGGUAACGGAUAUCUUACCUGCUCGGAUCACGACUGGUUCAUGUGGCAGUUAUACGAAAUGCAAGUAGUACCUCGAUUCGCGACCAUCAUACCGAAUAAAAUCCGAUACCAAAUCGACGACAAUAUCGGGUCGAUCUUGGAACAAGUCAUGAUCUGGAUCCAGUAUCAUCACGAGGUGAAUUUCUUCCACGAUCAACCAUCGACGCCAACGUCUUCGUUGAGCGAAUACGUCGUGAAGCUGGUUUGGAAUGAUCGUUUUAAAAUCGACUACGCAGCGACUGCGAAAAAUAUCUUGACCAAUGAGAAGCUGAGUCCGUUGGAGAGGUUCAGAUUUGCCAGUACUUACUGCAUCGUCGAAGAGAUCGAAAAGUUUCGCGACUGGAUGGCCGAUGCCAAUUUGGUGCUACCGGAAUGGGAUUUUGUACAGGAUCCGUUCAUGGUGUACUGGAGCAAGUAUUUGAGAAACGAGUUAGAUACGAUAUCGGUACCCGGAGUCACCGAUAAGUAUUCUGUAGACACGUUGAUGUUUUAUAAAACAGUGAAGGAGUUCGAUUUGUGGCCACCGGUCGAACACUUCUUCGAUAAAGUGGACCGGAAGAUGAAAGCGAUCGAAUUCGAACAUAUCGUCGAACGGUAUGGUAAAAGAUACCUGAAAGAGUUGUUGGCCAAAUUGGACGUUAAAGAGUGGAUGAUUGUUGCGUGUUGUUGCGCGAUUUCGAAACUGGUCGAGAAAAUCGUUCGGUAUGGUACUUUGAACGAUGUACGUUACAUUUGGCAGCUUUUCCAGAGUUUAAUGGAGUCGAAGGAUUUCUGCGGUAUUCUCGAAACCCUAGUACCGUUAUCGAUGAGAAACCCGAGCAAUUUCGAAAAAUGGACCCCUCUGUUGAUGGAAAUUUGGACCAGCGCCAGUAGCGAAUUGAAACAAUCGGCCAUCGAUCUUAAAUUAUGGCAGAGUAUCGGCGAAAAAUGCAUCCUCCAGAUUCCGCUCGAAGAUACGAAGGAAUUUCGCGAACGUCGCCAGAUCAGCGAUCCGAUGAAAUUCAUCAAACUAGUGUUGAAAAGCACGGAGGCGAAGAAAAGAACGGAAUUCUUCGAGAAGAAUUUCUACUGGUUGAUUACGUGGGCGCCGUUCGCAGAGGUGGACAAAUUGAUGCGCGAAUUUCUGCAACGAUUCGAUCGCGACGUUGUCGAGUUGAAAAAACAAAUCGCCAAUUGUUCGGAAGGCAAACUCGAUCGAUCGCUUUACAUGUUGCUGGGUUUUGGCGAUUUCGACGCAUUCGACGCCGUGGUAUCGUUUUAUUUCCCCGCUGUUGAGGGAUUCUUGGCAGCAGCAGCAGCAGAUGCAGAUGACGAUGAUGACAAACUGCAAGAAAGGUUGACGUGCUAUAAAUGGUUGUUUUUGGUGCCUAUGAUGGGUCUAAACGCGUUGAGUAUUUGUCUGUAUUUCGCUGAUUGGCGAACGUUGUACGAGUACGUGAAGAAAACCAUUUCGAAAGCGAAGAUCGCGCCGGAUGCGUUUAUGAUUACGCUGAUCGAGGUCGGCUGGUACCAAAAAAUUCGUCACCUGGAUGAGAAAUUGAAUAAUGGCGAAAUGAAUGACUUGAAGGACUGUCUUACCACCAUUUUGCCAGCCAACGAUUCUAGAUUCGAAUUCUUGAAAAAACGAUUCAAGGUUCACAUGUUUAAGAAUAUAUUUGUUACGAUACGAAAUAAAACAACAUAGAGCAUUGGUGUGGACUGUACAACGAUAUAUUUACUAUUGAACACGAAACGAAAAAAGAAUAAGCUUCGACACAUCAACGAGAUAAAAAUCUAGAUAACAACUAGUUCGAUAAUGCAACUCGCACUUACGAACGUAACAAACACCCCCCCGAAAUGAGCAAAGCUCAUUUGAACCCAAAAAAAAUUAUUUACAAAUUAACAUACAUAAAAAUAAUUACAAAAAAGAGUAAAAAUUUAAAAAUCAAUUUACAAAUUAAAUAAAAAAUAAAAAGACAUAAACUAUCACAGGUAAAAUAAAUUAAUUACUAGGUCUAACAUCGAUAAAUUGUAGAAAAAACAAUUAAUCGGAACAGGAAUUUACGUAAAACGACAUAAUACCGAGCAUAAUGAGAUAACGAAAUUAUUCAUCAUCUCGUACUGGCAAUAAAACCAGACGUUGGACCGAAGUCCUUCUAAUCGACAUAUCAGACAACUUUACAUCGGCAUUUCUUACAGUACCAUGACAAUCCGGGUAAACUUUAACGACAAUGGCCAUAGGCCAAUUCAACGAAGACUCAUUAGGUAAUGACAAUAAAACGACGUCAUCAAUUCGAAUAUUCCUACCUUCUUUACGCCAUUUACUUCGAUGACGAAGUUGAUUAAAAUAUUCAUGACGCCAGCAAAUCCAAAACGAAUCAACGACUUUUCUCCAAAGUUUAUAACGAUCACGAAGACUUGACUUAUUAUCGACAUUCAAAGAUGGCUCAAGUAAAUUACUACCAAUCAAGAAAUGACCUGGCGUCACUGGCUCAACAAAAUCAUUUUUUCGAACAUAGGCAAGUGGCCUAGAAUUGAGAAUCGCUUCUAUUUUCGAUAAAAUAGUCAUAAGUUCGAAGAGGUUCAAGAUUUGACUUCCAAUACAUUUCACCAUGAGCGAUUUUCCAGCUUUUAUAGCGGACUCCCACAGCCCACCUUGGUGAGGACUGCGUGGGGAAAUCAACAACCACUUGAUG